CAGAAGUGACUGAAGUAACCGGAUCUUACAUUGUUUGCGUACGUCUUCUUAACAUCCAAUAUUUAAAUGAGUGUUUCAACAGUUGAACUGUACCUGUCAAUAACAAAGCCAUUUUAAAUGCUGUUUAAAAUACAACUGAGCUCAAGUAAUGGCACUGUCACAGGUUCAGUGUCUUGAUGAUAAUCACAUCAACGCGCGCACUAACGAGUCCAAGCCGGAGUUUUUGUACAGUGAAGGUCAGAGGCUCGCGUUGGAGACACUGAUCCAAGCCGGACGGGACGCUUUCGAGGACUACAUCAAAACAAACAACCUCCGCUGCUUUCUGUCGGACCUUGAACUUGAGAGGAUUCUCGGCACCGCGGAGGUUUACUCCCCGGGAUCUACUCAAAAUAAUGCUGAGGUUUACUGGGAAGGUGAUGGGGAAGUGGUUUCCCUACAGUACUGGCCCGACCGCUCGGACCGCUCCAUCCCGCAGCUGGACAUCGGAUGGCCGGACCGGGCGUCCUACCGCGGGGUGACCCGUGUUCAGGUGUACACUCAACCCCCUUAUGAGGGACAGUCACAUAUUAAAGGGGUCGUAAGAAAAAUGAUCGGCCAAGCACAGAAGGUUAUUGCAGUUGUCAUGGACUUAUUCACCGAUAUUGACAUCUUUAAAGAUCUCCUAGAAGCAAGCUACAGGCGAAAGGUUGCUGUCUACAUUAUGCUGGAGGCCACUGGAGUGAAGCACUUCAUGAGGAUGUGUGAGAAAGCAGGCAUGCACACUGGACACCUCAAGAAUUUGCGAGUGCGCAGCAUUAGGGGUGCAGAAUUUCUCAGUCGAUCCUCAAAAAGAGUGUAUGGAAGUCAAAGCCAGAAGUUCAUGUUUAUUGACGGUGACAAAGCAGUCUCAGGGUCAUAUAGCUUCACAUGGUCUGCCUCCAGACUGGACAGAAACCUCAUCACCGUUCUCACCGGCCAAGCAGUCGACACAUUUGACACACUGUUUCAGGACAUGUACAUGUUAUCUAAUGGAGUGUGCCUGAGCAAGAUUAAUCUGAGCAGUGAGCCUGAACCUGAAUACGUCCCUCAGGCAGUACCCACUCCACUUCCCUCAGCCACCAAAGCACUCAAGCUCAUUAACCCGAAAUACACUCUGGUCUCCAACUGUGCUUUUACCACCAAUGGACCUGUAUCUGACCAGACAAGAGCCCAGAACAGCACUUCUAAGAAUCUGACAGAAGUUGUCAAAGUCACCCCAGUGGUGCCACCUGUUCACCCAGGACUGCUCAACCUGGAAAAGGCAAACAUGAUCAAUUAUAUCCCAACCUGGCCUGAUCCUGACCCACCGAGUGACGUCAUUGGUUUCAUUAAUAUAAGAGAUGCUAACAAGCCGUUGCAAGCUCACCUAAUGCGUUCAGAACUCUUUGAAGUGUCUCAAGCCAUUCGAUUCAAGGAUCCUGUUCAUGAGCCAGUGGAGUCUUCAUUUCUGAGGGCUAGUCCUGGACCCGUACCUCAAACAUUGUCUCACCCUAAAGUUCCAGCUCAAAAGCAAACACCAGGAGAAGCUCAGAUGGAUUUUGAUAAAAAUCAACAUCAAACAAGCAGCCAGAUUGAGGAUCUUGUUUUGCCUUUGGAAAAGGCAAAAAUUAUGCAUGUGCUUGCAUGUAAUAAGGUAGAUAAAGAGGAACCGUGUGUGUUAGAAAAAGACCUGGACACCAAGUCUUUGCGGAGCAAAAACAUUUACACUAACAAAGACUUUUCCAAAGCAAUGUCAUCUUUUCAAGACGAUACAGUCUCAGAUACAAAACAAACUCAAGAUACUCUACAAACUCUUAAAUGUUCUAACCAUACCUCAGAAGAGUUGUACUUAAAAUCAACAGCUGUGUCCAACAAAUCUCAUCUUCUGGAGUCAUUUGCAAUCCCAAAAAGCCCUUCUGUCAAGCAAAGCCAAGAUGACCAAAUCAUAACUGGUGUUGUCACUCAAAACAACAUAGAAACAAAACCAGAGACAGACCAAAAUGGCUGCAAUGGUAUAGAGAUGUCUAACUCUGACUCCUGCGUGUCUUCAUUGUCUGAUGAAUACUAUGAGUGUUUUAGCCCAGUGGCUGACUUCAGGUCUGUGGGAGAUAUCUUUGUGCCUGAAGAAACACCAGAAUCUUUGCCUAAUCUGAUCAAAGACGGUCAUCAAGGGCAAGCAAUUUUUCGUUCAAAAUCAUGCCCUGCUCAAGACUGUAAAGACUUUAGUAAUUCUCAGAACUUUUUAACUCCAAAACUUUUGAAAACCUCUUGCAGUAUUAUCUUCAAUUUCUUAUCAGCAGAGUGCAAAACAACAACCGCACUUUCCAAAACCACCUUUGCCCAAGAAAACGACAAAGGUGCUAUAAUAAAUGAUAGUAAACAGCCGGUGAAAGAUAGUGAAAGCUGCCGUUUCUUACAGACUACUAAUGGUUAUUUAAACUUCUCUUCAACAUCAGAUGAGUACUUUGAGUGCAGUGAUACAGUGGGUUUGAAGUCAGAGAUUGACUGUAUGGUUUCUAAGGAACUAAGUUCAGCUGAAAAUCUUAAUGAACCACAGCAAAUAACAAAGCUCAUACUGGAAGCUCAGAAACUACCCGAGCUAAGCUGUCAAAACAUUAAAGAGAAACCUAAAAUGCAUUCUGGACAGGAGCAGCCUGAAUAUCAACAUGUUCUAGACAUGACAGCCGAUAGUCACCUGCCAGAUGACUUAAGGGCAGUUUUAUUAUCUAAAGAUAAUACUCAAACUCAACUGAAUGAGAAACUUCCCAAACAAGUACAAGAUUCUGAAGUUACAUCAAAGCCAGUAGUAGAGAGUGAAUCGAUGAGCAGUGUUUUGCAACAACAUAUGACAAGUGCAUCUCAGCAAUUUUUAGAGAUACAGUCCGAGGCAGUGUCUGUGCAGUUAACUGAAAAAAUGGCAAUACAGGACUUAGAAAUAGAAACACUACAAGCGUUAUUACCUCAUGCAAGUCAGAAUAUAAAUAGUAAGGAUAAGUUUGUGCUAUUUAAUAAGAGAAAUCCAAACCCAGAAUUUGAGUCGGAGGUUAGUGUAGAUGUAGUGUGUAAGGAACAGUCUGUUAAGUCACUCCAGGACUUACAACCUGAGUUAAGUUCAGACUUAAUACUCAAACCUCCAGAAGUAAAAAAGGUAGCUAAAAAAUUGGCAAUGCAGGACUUACAGCUUAAAGCAAGUCUAGAUUUAAUGUGUGAGGAAUCUAAAAAAGGAUCACUACAAGGGUUACACUACAAGCCUCUAUGGCCAUCUAAGAAAAAUUCCGACUUUGGCUUUGUGUCUGAGGUUAGUGUAGAUGUAGUAUGUGUGGAACCGUCUGUACAGACACUCCAGGACUUACAUUCCGGGUCAAGUUCAGACUUACAACUCAAACCUUUAGAAGUAAAUGUGUGUAUAGAGGAAUAUGAAAAGGCGGCAAUGCAGGACUUACAACUUGAAGAAGGUCUAGAUUUAAUGUGUGAGGAAUCUGAAAGAGAAUCACUAAGAGGGUUACAACCUGAUGCAAGUCUAGGUUUAAUAGGCAAGAAGAAUCCUUUACUGUUAGCUAAGAUUUCAAACCCAAACCUUGAGUGUGAGGUUAAUCGAGAUAUAGCAUGUGAGGAAAAGUCUGCAAAGUUGCUUCAGGACUUUCAACCUGAAUCAAAUUCAGACUUACGACUCAAAUCUUCAGAAGUAAAUGUGUCUGUAGAGGAAUCUGAAAAAAAGACAAUGCAGGACUUACAACUUGAAGAAGGUCUAGAUUUAAUGUGUGAGGUAUCUGGAAAAAAAUCACCACAAGGGUUACGACCUGAUGCAAAUGUAGGUUUAAUAGGCCAGGAGAAGCCUCUACUAUUAGCCAAGAAUAUUUCAAACCGAAACUUUGACUCGGAGGUUAAUCGAGAUGUAGCAUGUGAGGAAAAGUCUGUAAAGUCGCUUCAGGACUUACAACCUGGAUCAAGUUCAGACCUACUACUCAAACCUCCAGUAGUAAAUGUGUCUGUAGAGGUAGCUGAAAACAUUAAAAUGCAGGACUUACAACUUGAAGUAAGUCUUGAGAAAUCUGAAAAAGAAUCACUACAAGGGUUACAACCCAAUGCAAGUAAUUUAUUAGGUGAGGAGAAGCCUCUACUGUUAGCUAUGAAAAAUUCGGACGCUGGUUUUGUGUCUGAGGUUAGUGUAGAUGUAGUAUGUGAGGAACAGUCUGUAAAAACACUUCAGGACUUACAACCUGAGGUAAGUCUAGACAUAAUACGCAAACCUGCAGAAGGAAAUGUUAUCCUGCACUCUGCAACAGACAGUUUGUUUAAUAGCUCAAUGCUGCAAGAUAAAGCAGAUGUAACUUCUGUAAUUCCAGAGAAGCCUGAGAUAACGAAGUCAAUAGAGUUGUCUAAGAGUGAGGAACUGCAAAAGUCAUUGACUUGUUUAGACUGUAGUUCAAAACACCAACAUAACCUCAGAUUCGAAGAAGGUUUGAAUGAGUAUUUAAGGCUACCGAAUGAUGAGGUCAGUCAAGCAGUGUUAAAGAUAAAAUCUGAGCAGCACAAUCCUCAGAGGAAAAUGCCAGAACAAUUUGAAUCUAUUGAGCUGUUGAUAUUAGAAGAUUCAGACCUCCAAAUGACAGAGCAGAACCAGUCUGAUCCCAGAAGUCCAAUAGUUGCACUGAGCAAAGAAACAAAGAUAUGCAAAAGCAAGCCUGUACAACCGAAAACUACAAAUGAUAGAAAACUUACAGAGGAUACGCUGGGUCAUGAGGUUUACAGUAGGAAUGGGAAGGAAACAUGUUACCCAACAGCUCCUGAUGAGGAAAAACAAGACGGGGAUCAAUUUUGUAUGAAUCAAAUGAACAAGAACCUGUCAGGGGCAAAACCCAAGAUGGAGAGUCUGGCAAGGAAGCACUCACCUCAGGCAUCAUCCAGAAUUCCUAUUCAAGAUAGAAGAGGGUCAACUAAGUUACCCAUUAGCAGACUAGACACUAUUAACUGCUCAUUUGGGCUUCAAGCUCCUAAAUGUGGCAUACAUAAGCAACUGCCUGGAAAAGCUAUGGUGCAGAAAAAGACUAGCAUUACACCACCUUCAUCUCCUGAAAAGCUGUCCAUAGGACAAAUCACUCCAGUUAGGCCAACGCAAAUACCACAGAGACCCAUUAGGACAGUCCCCACACCGAACAGUCCCACCUCAAGUCCCACAAACAAGGACCAGCAGACUGCACCCAGAAUAAGACCACCAGACCAGCCAAAUGCUUCCAGGAAACGGUCUGCAUCCAUGACAAAGUAUAGCAGCUCUUCUUCAGGAAUUUCAUGUACACGACAGGUUAAGAAGCAGGCUGUUAAAGGUGGCCUGUCGAGCCCAUAAAAUAACACUGUGUUUACACUGGGAAUGCGAUUAAUGCGAGUUAAGACUGCACGAUUUUCAAAGUAGUCAUCGUGUCACAGAUGUUUUCACACUGCAUGACUAUCUGGGGUAGCGUUUCAUCGCUGCUUUGUUCACACUGCAAGAUGGAUCAGCAGCAGGGGGUUUCACACUGCAUAACUUUAGAAUAGAAAGAAUCGCCGACAACUUUAUCUUGGUUCGCAAACUACGUCUCACAACCAAACACGUGCAAGAAGUGACAUGGAAACAACGCAAGGUCAUGUAGUGUAUUUUUUGUUAUGAACUACACAAUGAGAAAAAAGCUUUUGAUGGGGUAGAAAAUGUACUUAUUUUGCUCAUCUGGCUUUUGAGGGAAUUAGCAAUUUCUCUUCAACGUUAUUUCAUUUUCGACCCGAUUGUGGUAUUGUUCAGAUGACAGAUAAAACAGACACGGGUGCUCCUACCAAAUUUACACUAGUUUUUCCUCCAAUUCUUGGGUCAAAAUAUACAGAAAAUAAGCAUUUUUAAUAUUUCCCCCAACCUCCCGCUGGCCUGCAGAUAUCCACACUAGUGGAUGCUGCUCUCAUUGGCUGUAGGUAAUCGCCAGUCAGAACACAUUUCACACGGCAUGAUUUCAAUCGCAGACAAUUCCAGAUACUUAGAACACCAAAUAUCUCAUAGGUGUCUGUGACUCAUCUGCGAUUCUCUCAGAUCAUGUCAUAAUAGUUCACACGGUGUGAUUGGUACUCACGUGAAUGAGUGAUUUGCCUGUGAUUUUAUGAAUUUGUCUGCGAUUUCUCAAUCUCUCGGUGAGUCAAAAUCAAGGCUAAAAUCAUGCAGUCUGAACUCGGCAUAAGGGGUGGGGGGGGAAUCAGCGAUUUGAUGAACGCCUUGUUCUAAUUAUGAAAUUCUCCAAGUGUUUGUGCUACUUCCAAAAUGAAGUAUGAAUGGAUGAAGUAUGAAUGGACAUUUGUUUAUGAUUCGCUUCAAGAUAAUAGUCGGAUUUGGCGUAGGCAUGGUGUUAUUUUGUAUAUUUUGGUAUUUGUUUUUAUUGAACUGAUGUUGAACUUUGUGAGUUGAUUAGUAUUUAAUGUUUUUAUUGUACUAUGUUUGUUGAUCUCAUAUGGAACUGAUUCAUUCAUUCCGUUCACCCAACAGCGCAUCUUUAUCUAGCUAUAAAGCACUUAAGCUAACCAGUAUUUACCUAUACAAACAGGUUUCUCUAAACUCAAUGUUUUAAGUAAAUUUUAGAUGUACCUUUAUGAUGGUUCCUAAAGCUAUUGUGUAAAUAUUUUUUUCAUUUAGCUUAUU